AUGUCCUGCCCCGAUCUAUCUACCAUCCUCGAAGUCUACCCCCAAUGUGAAAGCCACUGCUACGGGUACGCCCCAUCCCAACGGCGCCGCUGCAAGAUGCCAAUAGCGAAAGACAAUCGAGACAGGGCCUCAUACCUUCUCAGAGAGGGCACCAGACUCCUCCAGUGCGGCCUAUCCGUCGACAGUCUGCUCUUCGAGCUAGCCCCCCUAGUCCUCUGCAAACGCUUCCACAGAUACCAGGCAGACAGCCUGAUCAUCAACUGGCGGGCUAAGCUGCGGGCGUUCGAGGAGCAGAACCUUCUAGCUGCUGUGUUGAAAUCGCUCCAGGAGUAUGCGGAGAGUCGGGCACGUUCGCUUGCUGCUGGGUCGGCGGGCGAGCAGCGUGCCUCGGCGCGGUCGGCUGUUGUUGAAAUAGAAGAAGAGGAGGAAGACGGGUCAGACAGGGAGGACGAGCCUGAACCCGAAUCUGAACCUGGACCUUCUCCCCACCGGACAUCUGCAGAGUCUUCGUCGCCAGCCGUUGAGACUCAUGUGGCGGAGCCAACUGUGCCUCAGACUGAGCCCAGAAGGAUCACUCGGAAGCCAAUUGAAGGAGACUGUGGCAUCUGCAUGUGUCCUCUACAAGAACAAGACGCUGAUGAAGACGGCGAGGAAUCAGAAGACAGCGAUGAUGAGAACUAUUAUGAUGUGUCGGAGACAGCGUUCGACAACGAGCACGACGGCGAAGAUGACGAAGAUGACGAAGAUGACGAUGACGAUGACGAAGAUGAUGACCUUGACGCCCCUGAUGACCUUGUAUAUUGCAAAAAUCAGUGCGGUACGAAUUACCACAAAGCCUGCAUCGACGAGUGGCUUGCUACUCAGAGUACAUUUCAACCCCGACGUGGGAAUCCUAUCUGUCCGUCCUGCCCGAACUGUCGAGCAGCGUGGUCAUCCUGA